UUUCAAACCCUUUUGUUCCUCUCCUGUUCCUGUUCUCAUCGUUAUAUUUCUCAAUUCAACAAAACUCUAAUCUCCACGAAACAAUAUUGUUAUUACGAUCGGAUGUUCGGCUUUGCCCGAUCCCGUCACACCUCGAAACUCGAGAUCUCGAGUGAAACGUCGAAAACAGUGGAGGGUCGACAACGCGGUUCAUUUCGUUCGCGACUUCACGUUCCUCGAUAUAAUUCUAACCGUCGUAUCCGCUUAACUCGAUGCAGUGGUGAAAACGAAUCGAUCAGGCUGGUGGCACAGCCUUGCACCGUGAUGUCCUGUUUGACCGCCCUCGAUUCGCAGAUCGUCACCCUCCUGUCCGUUCCCCACGAGAUCCUCUUCCUCCAGCACAAGGUGUUUCGAGAGUAUGCCAAGAUAGCGGUCGGCCCCGACUUCAUCCACACCUUGCCCUCCCUCCUCAUCCUCGUUUCGAUGGCGAUCGUUCUCUGGAGGUGUCCACCCUCCUACAACGGCCUCGCCCAAAUAACGGGCUCCGUCAUGUACAAGAGCCUUCAGCUGUUGGUCAGCUGGGUCGUCGUUAUCGCGAUUCUCUGGUUCUGGCUCAUGUGGCAGAGGCUCAUCUAUUGCUGCGUCUGGACCUCCUGGAGUUACCAAUCCGAAUACAGAGACGUGUCUUAUCAAUGGUGGCAACAAGUUUGGUCCUCGUACUAUCCACCCCCGCUAGAGCCACCCGUCAUGUCGGCCGGUUUCAUCAGCUGGUUGAUCUCCAUGUCGAUCGCCGUCACCGUUCUGGGCUGCGCCGUUUCCACCAACCGAGUGUGGAACUUCGCGACGGAAUUGGCGAUCGGUAUGAAGGACGCUGUAUCAACGGUGAAAUUUUACGCCAACUCUUACCUCAAAAGAAGGAUAAGCCACAUGGUGCACCAACUGUGGCUGCAAGGCGAGCCUAUAGCGAUAGCGAGCAAGAAGAGCAACGUGCCGAACGACAGCGAGGCGAGCUCCAUAUGCGACGAGUGCCGAUCCGAGAUCUCCACAGACGCGAUGAUCAACGACCAUCGAAGGGAGAUACUUCCCGUGUCGUAUGGGACAAAUUGGAUGCCGAAACCCAAUUUCUCCGGGUACAAAGAGCCGAUCAAGAAAGUGUCGAUGAAGUCUCUGCACACGGUGGCCGUGGUGAACGAUAUCCAAGACUCGGACGACUUGUCGCCGCGCCACUCGCGAUACAAGCGCGGUUGCCACACGGUCAUACCCAACAACUCGAGCGACCAGUCGAGCGGAUGUUGAGAGACGCACGGAUGGGUCCACCGCUGACGUGAUCGGACAAUGAACGCAUGGACACGUUACGUACAUUUUCCACUCGGAAAUUUUGAAUCGGUCCGGUUUCCGGGACGGGCACUCUAUGAUUUCUAAUAGAAUAUUUGUUCGAUCACGUAACCGAGAGUAACAGAGUUCGCGUGUCGAGCGAAAAAUUGAAAGAAUUGAGUCGAGUUUCUGAUUGACCAAGACACGAGUAAUCCUAAGGGCGGAUCGUUAGAGAGCAACGUGUCCGAAUCUUUUAAAGUAUCACGUACUCUGCUUUUACAUUUUGUCGACUCGAAGGAAACUCAAACGAAGGGGAUCUCCAACGAUCGAGAGGAUUAUUGUACGACGAUCUCGAUUCGGCGCGAAUUUGGAACGAGUUUCGAAUCGAGAAGUUGAUUUUCGUUUCGAUCCGAGUGAAAUCGAACGAAUUCGCGGGGAGAUUCUUCUCACGAGACGAGAUUCGAGAGAAAAGGGGAGAUGAUAGGACUAAUUUCUUUUUGUUUCUUUGAGAAAAAAAAUAUAUUCGCCCGAAUGAUGCAUCGUUGUUCCAUCUUUCCGUCCGGGAAGGAAAAUUCUAAAGUUCUUUUAAACGCUGAAACCGAAUAAUCGCUAACUAUCGUGGUAGAGAUGACAUAGGUAGAAUAAUAAUAGAUGUAAAAGAUUAUAGAAGCUAUUGUACCGUAUUGUACCGUAAAAUAUUGUAUUGUACUAUAAAAAUU